CCUGCAGCAGCUGCUUCGGAAGGCUGUUCUGAGCCAGUGCGCACGCGCAGGCUCAGACCGAAGAGGCUCGCUUACAGGGACCACAACUCCCAGAGUGCUCCGCGCCCUCGCCGCCGCCGCCGCCGCCGCCGAGACCAAGAUGGCCGCUAGAAUCGCCGCCUUCCUCAAGAGUACUUGGGCCAAGGAGCCGGUGCUGGUGGCAUCCUUCACCAUCGGGGCCCUCGCUAUAAUAGUGCCCACACUCAGCCCCUCCACCAGGUAUGCCGUCAUGAUCAACCGGUCCACACCCUACAACUACCCAGUGCCCGUCCGAGACGAUGGGAACAUGCCCGAUGUGCCCAGCCACCCCCAGGACCCCCAAGGCCCAAGCUUGGACUGGCUGAAGAAACUGUGAGCACCUCCUUGGACAGGGAGAGGCCCCCUCCCUGGUGGCCCCCAAUAAAAAUGCAAAAACCAAA